UAUUCUCCCACACUCCGAUUGAAGCCGACUACUCUAUAAAUGCCACCAAAACACAGAUAAACCUUCCUUUCGAAGUGGUAUUCCGACGACCGAUGCUAGUCAGUCCUCGAUAUCCGAUGCGAUUUACUGGUGAACGCAUUCUUACGCCGGAAGACCUAAUUGAUGGAUGGCGACGUCAUUUUACCUAUUUUUCUGACUGGUGCAGAGGAUUGGAAGAGUUUCAGAUGUUGAAUGAGAAGGAUCAGGAUAUUAUAGCACGAAGGCGAUUGAAUCUUCAUGGAUGGUUAUGUCAGUCAUACUAUUCCAUGAAGUGUGGUGCACCUGGAUUAUGCUUCCCGAACGGCGCAUUCCAUCCCGUUGAAGGUGGACAUCCGAGCAUCGUCGAUUUUUACAAACAAUGCAUGCCUCGAUUGAUGAGCUACGUAGUUGGCCCAAUGCGUACGAUGGCCAUGGACGAUGUCGAAUUUGUGUUGCUCAAAGCAAUCCUUUUGUUUGCUGAAGGUGAGAUCUGUUACUCGCAUUAGAU